AUGAAUGGGCGCGACAGAGGACGUGGCGACAUUAACUUGACUAAAGACCAGCUCAUGACCCUGAUUAACGCAAGGGUGGCCGAGGCUCUGGCAGCCCAGCCAGGAGGUCAACCUGCUCAACCCCGAGCUUUUACCUUUAGGACAUUCAUGGAUUGUAAACCUCGCUUCUUCAACAGCACUGAAGGAGCGGUGGGUCUUCUACAUUGGAUCGAGAAGGUCGAAUAUUUUUUUGAGAUGUGUGAUUGCCCUGUCAACAAUCGAGUCAAGUAUGCAACCGGUACUUUAGAAGGAAACGCGCUUCCCUGGUGGAACGCACAGGUUCAGAUGCUUAGGUUGACAGCUACCCCAUGGAAUGAAUUCAAGGAUCUAUUGAAGGAGGAAUAUUUCCAUAGAGAAAACAUUCAGAAAAUUGAGGUGGAGUAUUACAACCUUAAGAUGGUCGGGUCUGAAAUCGAAGCUUACACUAAGAGGUCCAACGAUUUGGUUGCUCUUUGUCCUAAUAUGUCCGAGCCUUCUUACAAGAGAAUCGAGCUUUAUCUUAAAGGUUUAGCCCCCGAAAUUUAA